AAGGGCCACAGCCUGGCUGUUGAGUAAGCAGCCCCCUCCCGGGGCCGCGCUGGCGGUGGGUGUUCGAGCCCCGCUCUGGCCCCGCCCCCCGGGGCCCUGUCCGGGCGGGUGCGCGGCGCAGAGGGGAGGGCCAGCGGGGCAGGAAUGCACGGCGGGCGGGCGGGCGGGCGGCGCAGGAGGCGAGCGGCGGAACAUGUAAGGGCACAUCCCGCCAGCAGCCUCCCAGCGCGCAGACCGAGCCCAGGGGAGCGGGCGUGCGGGCGGAGAGGCGCAGGGCACCCGGCAGAGGCUCGGGGCGGUCGGGCCGGAGCGCAGGGUCCCGAGCGGGCGGCGAGCGAGCAGCAUCCUCAUCGCGUCUCCCCGGCUCCGCUGUCUGCAAGGCGCCCCCCGGGCCGCGGGCUCGGCUGGACAGGGAGCAAGGCCAGCCAGGCAGGCCAGGGCACGAGAAGCCGGCGCUGAAAAGCCGGUGACCGCCGCGCCCGCCGCAGCCACCAGCGCUGCGGGAACCUCGGGGGCGCCCAUGACGGCGGCGGCGACCGUGCUCAAGGAGGGCGUGCUGGAGAAGCGCAGCGGCGGGCUGCUGCAGCUGUGGAAGCGGAAACGCUGCGUGCUCACCGAGCGCGGGCUGCAGCUCUUCGAGGCCAAGGGCACCGGCGGCCGGCCCAAGGAGCUCAGCUUCGCCCGCAUCAAAGCCGUGGAGUGCGUGGAGAGCACCGGGCGCCACAUCUACUUCACGCUAGUGACCGAGGGCGGGGGUGAGAUCGACUUCCGCUGCCCCCUCGAAGACCCCGGCUGGAACGCUCAGAUCACCCUGGGCCUGGUCAAGUUCAAGAAUCAACAGGCCAUCCAGACUGUGCGGGCCCGGCAGAGUCUUGGGACUGGGACCCUCGUGUCCUAAACCACGAGGUAUAUCGUUUUAUCGACAUGGUCCCCCGCCCCACCUCCGUGCCCAGAGGACAUGUCAGCUUCUCUGCCUGACCACAUGUGAUGUGGCAGAAGCUAUCAGCAUGUGGAAGAAGCAUAUCAUCACGGGAGGAGCCAACCAGCCAGGGGCGGAGAGCCGAUGAGGGGCUGAGGAUGAAGAUUCAGUUCCUGGACACUGAGACUGUUACACCCGGCUCAGGCCUUGCAGCCGCAGGCCUGGCCUCAUGUAUCAUGAUGGAGCAUGUGAGGCUUACCUGGCAUUGAGGCCCCUCCCACUGAUCCUGCCCCUGGUUCUGGGUUCUGCAGACUGCUGUUUGGCCCCUGGCCUUGAGAUAUGCCCAAAGGAGGGCAGUUCCUCAUGGGAUGCUAAGCCAGGACCUUGGAACUCAGGAGGCCAGCCUGGGAUACAGAAGAUGGCCACCCUACCUUAGGACGACUGCUGGACUUAGCUUGCAGAUGGGGAUAUGCUGGGCAUGAGGCCUGUGCCUGGGGGUCUCUUGCUGCUUAGGUCCUUUUGGGACCCCCCACCCACCUCUCUCUUUGCACACUUCUCUCACCUCUGUUGCCCUCUCCUCACUGUGGUACUGGGCCUGGAGGUGGUUGGGGUGGGGUAAGGGUUUGGCCAUUACCAUUUCAUGCCUAUUCCAGAAUGAAGAUGCCCAGUCUGUGGGCAGUAACCACACCG